AGAGAGUUGUUGUUAGCUCGUGGCGCUAUUAGCUUCCCGGCCAGCGAGACGAAAACACGUUGUGUUUUCUUUCUUUACUUUUUAAAUUAGAAAAGACGCUACAACAUAUGAUAAUCGUUUUUCCACAAAGUCCUGCUAGUUAUUGUGUCUGACGUGGCAUUGACAGAAAGGUAACAUUAGCUUAACGUUAGCUGCUUUUGUUGUGCAUGCUGACUACGGGUAGCAAUGGACCAGCACAGACCCCACAAUCCAAACUCCACCUACCAGAACCCCCAGUCCGCAUGCAGACGACAUAAAGAUACCAGUGAAAGAAAUCCCUGUGAGAAUAAACGCUUCAGACCAAACCAGUAUCAGUCUGGGCCGACACCAGAUCAAAACCCACACAGCUCUCAGGAUUUGAGCACCAGAAGGGAGUUGUAUGAAAGAGACUUUCCAGUGUACAAACAGCCUGUCGAAGUAGGAUGUUUUUCCCUCGACUCUGACGGUAGAUUCGUCAAUGACAGCAGGCAGAUGAGAUACUAUGUGGAACCUGGCAAAAAUCCUAAUUUUGACCUGAAGGAUGGAUACAAGGACCGCUACAUAAAGAAAGAUGUAACUAAGAAAGAGAAGCUGGACCACAUCCUGCGAUGGAUCUUGGCCAAUAAAUCAAAGCUCAACUCAAAGGCGACCGCAGCCUCAUCAUGUGCUUUAGAUUCCGACUUUGUGACAUGGCGUGGUCAUCUGACUAAGCUGCUGACCACUCCUUAUGAGACACGGGAGGGCUGGUUGCUGGCAGUCACCAGGUUCAGAGGCACGCUUUACAUCAGCGAAGUGGAAACAGAAGUUGCCCAACGGGAACGAGAGAACCGCACAGAGAAACACGAGGAGAUGAUGUACUGGGGAUACAAGUUUGAGCAAUACACUUGUGCAGAUACCGUCCACAGUUUACCCGACCCAAGCGGAGUGGUAAACACGAACGAGGGAUUCUGCACUGUGGUGCAAACUCGGCUGGCAGACCACAGACUGCUGUUCUCCGGUGAGGUUGACUGCCGGGAUAAAGACCCCAACGCUCCAGCUGCUCCUGCAUGCUACGUCGAGCUAAAGACCUCUGCGGAGAUCUGCACCCCGAAGCAGCGCAGCAACUUUCACAGGUUCAAACUGCUGAAGUGGUGGGCCCAGUCUUUUCUCCCUGGAGUCCCCCGUGUCGUGGCAGGUUUUAAGGAUGAGGAAGGAGUGGUCGUCACUGUGGACACUUUUCCCAUCUCUAAGAUUUCACAGCUGAUCAAGAAUGAACACAACUGCUGGAAGCCAACAGUCUGUAUGAACUUCUGUUGUGAUUUCCUGUCUUUUGUGAAGCAAAUCGCAACUGAAGACAAUCCAAGCGUGGUGUACCUGUUCUCCUGGGAGCCCCGCAGAGAUGUGACGUUCUCCGUCCACAGGGACUCCCAGUACUCCUUCCUGCCACACUGGUAUGUGGAGGUGAUGACCGGUCGUUAAGACGAGCACCAUCAGCCCUGACGGGGUCAACUGUUAAUGUAAAUUCAGACCUCCAAUGGAGGGUUCUCAGAUUUUAUUAUGACGAUCUUCAGAACAGUGGUUAAUUGUUCAAUGUUAAUUGAAACAAAAUUAGAAAAUACUGUGAAAAAAAAGUAAUGGAUUAAGUUAGUAUUGCAUCUGCUGUUACAAGGUUUUUUCAUGUUAAGUGUUCAGAAGAAACAUUUCAUUUGUGAAGACCGUAAUUAAUAUGCAUGGUGUAUUCUUGUAAUCAUUGCCGUUGUUUUAUAAUGAAUAGUGACACAUUCACAUUCUUUGGCUUCCUUCUUACUAUCGAAUAAAGCUAAUGUCGUCCUUCUGCCUCCCGACUUAGUGACAGUUUCUUUGUUUAGAGCGAAUUAAAAUGGUCUACCGUG